AUGUUGCUACACUACCAUUAUUAUCUAUUAGUAGCUACUUUAUUUUUGACAAGUCUAUUAUUCGAUGCACAACCAGCAACAGCAACCUUGCACGAAAACGACAGACAUGCCUCAAGAUCAUUCGAUAAAAGACAAACAACCCCUCAUGUUUCUGGUCGCUACGUUGUUGAAUUUGGUGGCAGUAUGGAUGUCAGUACUCAUACAGAGACGCUUCUGAGUCACCUCAAGGAAAAAUUUACGGGUACCGACAUGACAGCACCUAAUAUAUUCGACUACGAAUUUUUGCGCGGUGCUACCAUUCAAGUGGAUCGAAAUCAUGAUCAUUUGCACCAAAGCAUUGCCAUGACAGCUUCCGGGUUUGAAGGCGUAGUCAAGGUACAUCCAGUUGCUGUUCUUCCGCCUCCAAGCGCAUUCGUUCAAGGCGGCGCUCCUGAUGGAGAGGUUGAGAAUGCAGAAUUGUUGCUUCCGCAUUCGCAAACCCAGGUGGAUCGUGUGCACAGCGAGCUUAAUUAUACAGGAAAAGGCAUUGUCGUUGGUAUCAUCGAUACUGGCGUGGAUUACAUGCACCCGGCCCUCGGUGGAGGAUUCGGUGAAGGCUACAAAGUACGUUAUGGGCGAGACUUGGUGGGUGACGAAUACGAUGGUAUUACCAACGAACCGCAACCAGAUGACGAUCCAAUGGAAAGCUGUACACCUAGUAAUACAUCAACGUUCUUGGGUCACGGAACACACAUUUCAGGAAUUAUUGCAGGAAAAUUAGAUAACUUUACUGGUGUUGCUCCGGAUGCUACUCUGGCUAUGUGGCGCAUCUAUAGCUGCAAGGAUUAUUCUACCAACGAGUUAGCAAUGCAGGCCGCACUUGAGGCUGCUGACGCCGGUGUCGAUAUUAUCUCCAUGAGCUUAGGUGAAGUCAGUGCAUGGUCUGAAAGCCUUUUCUCAACUGUUAUCGGACGUAUCGCUGCCAAUGGAACAAAAGUGGUCGUUGCAAGUGGAAACGAAGGAAUGGGCGGCGCCUUUACCACCUCUUCACCAGCUGCUGCUCAAAAUGUCAUGAGUGUUGCUUCAUUCAACGCUGACCAUCAGAUCGCCCGGAUAUUUAGAAUGAGUGGCAGUGACAGCGAUUAUGCUUAUACUCCAAAUGACUUUGCUGGGGAGAAUCGUGUAAUUCCUGAUGGCCAGGUCGUACUUGGAAGCGAGAAGCUCGGUAGUGGCUCGGAUGCAUGCAAUCAAAGCAUGAUUCCCGAAAGUGUCAGAGGCAAAAUAGCGCUUGUCGAGACCGGUGGAUGCACCUUACUGUACAAGGUUGGCAACUUGAGUGCCGCUGGUGCUAUUGGCGUGCUCUCUUUCGCUGCAGCCUACGAAUGGCAGGAGCCAGCAGGUCCCCUCGUACAAGGGGCAGCAAUUCCUGUUGCAGGUCUUUCUACUCAGACAGGCAUGAAGCUUGGUCAAGCCAUCCAGUCCUCCAAGGUAAUCACCUUGACAUUCUCUCAAGAAGACGUUGCGUGGCCGCUUCAAGAUGUCGGUAAUAUGGUCAGCUUCUUUUCUGGCAUUGGACCUACAUAUGAAAACAACCUCAAACCUGAUAUUGGUGGUAUCGGCGGUUACCUAUUCUCAACACUUCCCCGCAGUAUGGGUAACUGGGGCACUAUGAGUGGCACUUCUAUGGCGUGUCCGUACAUUGCUGGUGCUACAGCGCUUUAUCUCGAAUCUCUGGGCGAUGGUGCUUCUGAAUACUCGAACACAGAUAUUCGUGAACGGUAUAUGAAUUACGCCUACAAAGCACCGCUUUCUCCCGACCAAGACGAUUUAAACACACCAUUACAUCAAGGCGCUGGUUUGAUUCAACUGUACGAUGCAAUCACCCAAACUGUUCAUGUAUCGCCUAGCAGUUUUAGCUUUAAUGAUACCGCGCAUUUGGUAAAGUCGCACACACUCAGCAUCUACAAUGAUGGCGACGAUAUUGCUUCAUUCGAGCUUGUCAACAGUGUCAGCGUUUCUGUGAUCCCUUAUAACUCCUCCACUUCCGAAAAAUACGUAAUGUCUUCACCACCUCAAUUCGGAACCGACACAGCCCGAUUGCGCUUCUCCAAAAAGACGAUCAAACUCUCGCCUGGCGACAGCACAGAGGUUACCGUUUCUGUGAUUCCACCAGACACCGAUCCAGAUGAGCAUAUCAUGUACGGUGGGUAUGUUCAAUUCAAGAGCACGAUAGACAGUCAAAAGGAUAUCACAGUUCCAUAUUUUGGUAUCGUCGGCGACCAACACGAGUUACCCAUUUUCUACGAGGACGGACCCGUUCUGAUGGAUACCAACAUGACGACUCCAUAUACAACCGAUGAUGUUUACAUAUUUGACUUGGAUGAUGUGAGCAAUACCAUGCCUGUUCUCUUAGUAAUGCAACGCAUGGGAACUCGUCGCCUCUUGGGCAUCGUAUACGAUCAAGAUGAAAACUACCUCGGUUAUAUCCAGCCACCAGGUGUACUUGAUUAUCGACCACAUACAACCGUGACAUAUCUUGCUACUCAAGCCGUUUAUGUUUGGGAUGGCACGUACUACGAAAUUGGUCAAAAUGAACCAGUAAAUUUAGAAUCACUCUCUGACGCUGUAACUGUGAACCGUGGAAGCAGUUAUCGUGUUGGCAUUCAGGCACUGAAAUUAUUCGGCGAUGAAAACAACGCAGAUGAUUGGGAAACCUGGACUUCGGGUUUGAUUCAAGUCCAGUAG